GACCUCUUUACCCUCCCCAAUUUCGGAUCUCCGCCGAGUAUCGCCCCCACGGCCGCCGCCGGACGCCGCCGCUAGUGCACAGGCCGCAUUUGGUUUUCUGCGACGGCGGGGAGAUGUGCUUCGUGGUGAGUUUUGUUGACAGAGUAUUUGAUCGGUUGUGAAUUUGUGCCACUCAUUUAAACGGUUCCAGCUUCUGCCUCCAUCUUCUUCUGCGCCUGCGUUGCGGCUGCGGUGGUGAGCAUCCCAAUUGUUCCACCAAUGAGCGAGCCCACGUUCCAGAAAAAGCUGCUCGCGGAACUUUCUCUCUCUAAACGUCCAUGACUAAUCCAGGCUCCGCUGCUCAACAUCCGUGACCAACUCAAAUUCCAUUCUGUAUACGACGCACCCUAACUUACGUGGUUGUUAACUUGUUCUUAAUUCGGAGGCUCUGGUUUGUCGUGUUUGGCAGAGUGCAUUAUAUGCUUGAGAUUUUUGUGGAUAGUGGAUUCAGCUUUCAUAUCGCGGAGUUUUUGGCGGUUAAUUUGGCUUUAGUUAUGCAGUUACUGCAUGAAAGUGUGAGUAGGCUUUGAAGGGGAGGUUUUCGUGAUCUGAAAUCGCUAGAGCUUUAGAUUGGAUUCUCGUGCCGUAAAUCUGGUGUUUGACCAAGUAUUAUGUGAUAUAACCGAGAAGUUUCUGGUGUUGGAGUUUACCAUUUUUCCUCUCUUUAAUGGCACCUGAGAUGGUUCGGGGGCUUAAACAUAUUAUGGGGAUAGAUAAUAUUUGGUGACUCUUCAUAGUUUUCGAAGUUGUUAGAGACUAAUGUUGGAGCAAUAGCCAAAGGGCAAACGGGUGCUUCGUAGGCAUUUAAUAUUUGGGAACAUCAAAGUAAUUGGACAUGAGAAGUUCUUGGCACAACAAGUUAUUACUUAUCUUUGGACCUAGACCGCCUCUCAACUGGGUGCUUGUGUGUCUAGUUAGUGUUUUAGUUCUCAUCGUGUUGUUGGGAUCUUCUUCUCCUAAUGCAUUUGAUUCUAUUACUGCCUCCACAAGACCCAACUACUAUUCUAAUUACAGAAAGUUGAAACAGCAAGUUUUCAGUGAUUAUUUGGAGUUGAAAAAACUAGGAGCCGAUCCUUCAAAAAAUUUUGAUCUUUGUGCAAAAGAGAGAGAGAAUUAUGUUCCUUGCUACAACGUGUCUGCUAAUCUUCUAGCUGGUUUUAAAGAUGGGGAGGAGUUUGAUCGACAUUGUGAAUUAUCACAAAAUCAACAGUAUUGUCUGGUUCGUCCCCCGAAAGAUUAUAGGAUUCCUUUGACUUGGCCAAGUGGUAGGGAUGUCAUUUGGAGUGGAAAUGUAAAACUGAGCAAAAAUCAAUUCCUUUCAUCUGGGAGCAUGACGAAAAGGCUAAUGUUGCUGGAAGAGAAUCAAAUAUCUUUUCACUCGGACGAUGAUGAGAUGAUUGUUGAUGGUGUCAAAGAUUAUUCUCACCAAAUUGCUGAGUUGAUAGGACUGGGAAGUGAUGCCGAGUUUCAUCAAGCCGGUGUGCGCAGUGUUCUAGAUAUUGGCUGUGGAUUUGGCAGCUUUGGUGCUCAUUUGCUUUCACUUAAGCUGAUGGCUCUAUGCAUGGCAUCAUAUGAAACAAUUGGUAGCCAAGUUCAGCUUUCCCUUGAGAGAGGUCUCCCAGCGAUCAUUGGUAGUUUCAUCUCAAAGCAACUACCAUUUCCUUCCUUAUCAUAUGACAUGGUUCACUGCACUCAGUGUGGCAUUGUCUGGAAUGACAAAGAUGGGAUUCUUCUUAUUGAAGUUGACAGAGUACUCAAACCUGGAGGGUACUUUGUUGUGACCUCACCCAAAAGCCGGGAGCAAGGAAGCAUUUCAACUACUCUAGGAGACUACCCCCAAAAACUUUGUUGGAAUCUUGUGGGACAGCAAGAGGAGACUUUGAUCUGGCAAAAAACCACAGAUGCCCAGUGUAUUUCUAGUAAGCACGGCACCUUCCCUCUUUGUAAUGGAGAGGACUUCCAAUCGUACUACAAACCGCUCGCUCGGUGCAUAAGUGGGACUACCAGCAGGCGUUGGAUUCCAAUUCAGAACAGAUCUUCCGGUUCUUUGGACUCUGCUGAGUUUGCAGUCCAUGACUGUUUCUGCAAGUGCAAGUAUGGUCUAGAUUGUGGCCGUAAUGGGGAAAAAAAAAAAACUGUCAAGGGACAAGAGGUCAAGAAAUAACCCUAUCUUCAGUUGGAACUUAGAGUUGGAAAUCGUGGUCAACCCACCAACACAGAACCAACCGACACAGAAGGUAAUAUAGGAGUUUCAGAAGAGAUGCUCGUUGAUUAUGACCCUAGGGAUAACUCCAUAGAACAAGGAAUUAAUUCUGAAGAUUUCGCUGAAGACAUGGAGUUCUGGAGAUCUUCUCUGAGAAAUUAUUGGUCAUUGCUUUCUCCUUUGAUCUUUUCUGACCAUCCAAAGAGGCCUGGUGAUGAAGAUCCGAUGCCUCCAUACAAUAUGGUUCGGAAUGUGAUGGACAUGAAUGCACAUUACGGAGGUUUGAAUGCUGCCCUUCUGGAAGCUAGAAAGUCGGUGUGGGUGAUGAAUGUUGUGCCCGUAGGUGACCAUAAUACCCUUCCUGUCAUUCUUGAUCAAGGCUUUGCUGGUGUCUUGCAUAACUGGUGCGAAGCUUUCCCUACAUACCCCCGGACAUACGACAUGCUUUAUGCAAAGGGACUUCUAACACACCUUGCUUCCGAAAAAUGCAGUACCAUUGAUUUGAUUUUCGAGAUGGAUCGUAUUCUUCGGCCUGAGGGAUGGGUUAUCAUAUCCGAUAAGGUUGGUCCCAUUGAAAUAGCACGUACGCUCGUUACACAGCUCAGGUGGGAAGUCCGGAUGAUCGAUCUUCAGAAUGGCAGUGACCAGCGUUUGCUAUUGAGGCUCCAUUUGUGUAUUGAAGAACUGCCAAUCUAA